AUGGUAGUUUCCUGUAGCCCCAGGACCUCUAAAAUCAAAGCCUUAAAUCCUGCUAAAGGUCAUAGAGUGUUGAAAGGGCAAGGUCAAUAUGGGGAGCAGAGGACUGCUGUGAGAUGGGUCUUGAAGAGGGCAAAAUCUAGUGGGGAAGGGGUGGGGAAAACUGUGAUUUGGGUAGCCCAUUCAGGGCCUGGAGCUGUCCCCAUCUUCAGCUCCAUAAUCUCUGGUUUCUGUCCAAGAACGAAUGGCACAGCAUGCCUACCAGGAUCAAGAACAAAAGACAGGAAUGAUGUCCAACCAGCAGAAAAGUUCUGUACAAGCAGAAAACUCAGGCUAGAGAUCACUUCCAUAAGAGAGACAAUGAGACCUCAGGAAAAACAGGUAACAAUCACUGAAACCUUGUGGGAUCAGGUGCUGACAGCUUUUAAGGAUAUACAAAAGGAGCUGCAGGAAGAUGCUCGGAUUCGAGGGAUGAGCAGCUGCUCUGUAACACCCGCAUCAACUACACCCAGGACUGGAAGCAUUAAACCUCCAGAUUGCGGGAUGACCCUACAGUUGAGAAGAUCACAGUUCAACACUGGAGAGCAACCAUCAGCAGCUCGUGCCCACAGGACACAGCUCUCUGGCCAAUCAACUUGCUACCCUGGACCCUAACUCUAUCAUCAAGGAAGAAAGACUCCCCUACUUCUUCCAGGUGUUUCACGCAUGCAGCCUUUCCACCUGAGCUCUGCCACGCCUACCCUGUUGUAGUCAGGAACCCCAGGCCUCAGUGGUCAGCAUUCCUACAUGGCAGAAAAGCACCUCACCAAGCAGGUGGGGUCCAGUGCAGGAGAAACAGGGUGAGAGAUGGGGUACAACUUCAGUUGCCUGGAAAAGAGAAGGUGCAGUCAGGACAUCAUCACUGAGCCUGGAAGAGACGGUAUUGCUCACGGGAGGAGACACCAGCGUCUUUCUCUGCAACUGGGAAUUUGGAAAUCAAGUGAGACCCAAGCACAUGCCAACUGUCAAUCAAAGAAACCACCAAAUAAACAACUAGGAAAAUAAAUGUGGUGUAAAAGA